AAGAGAAACGCUAAUUUACCGCGAAAAGUUUUUGAUAGUUUUGAUAUUCUUAAACAAUUGAACAUUUUCUACAAUGAGUAAGAAAAAUUUAACAACGAAAGCAUUGGCAAAGAAAUUAUCUGAAAAAGUGCGAGUUGUUCAAGCGGUUAGUGUUCAAGACAUUGAAGAUGCCGAAAAAUCACAAUUUUUCUCACCGGUUCAAACCCGACAUCAACGGAAGACUAACAAGAAUCCACCAAAACGAUUGGAAAUUCCAGUAAAAUCGGAGCCAUCAACAUCCAUUGCAGCGAUCAAUAAACCCAUUAAAUUAAAUUCUAUAACUAAGAAUAUACAAGUUAAAGAACAUAAAAUUAAGGAAAAUGUCGUUGAGAGUAAAGAAGACCUAUUGCAUUUGACCAAAGCUAAUAUUAAUAUGGAAAACCAAGUAAAAUGGGAGCCACAAAAUUGGCGUCUAAUUUUGGAGAAUAUUAGAUCAAUGCGUACUGAUGUUGAAGCGCCAGUAGACACAAUGGGAUGUCACAAAUGCGCUGAUAAUGAAGCGGAUGAAAAGACCCAACGGUUUCAUAAACUUGUUGCGCUUAUGCUGUCGAGUCAAACGAAAGAUGAAAUAACAUAUGAAGCAAUGCAGCGCCUACGAAGUACUAGUUUAACGCCGCAAGCCAUUAUAGACAUAGACAGCGCAGAGCUUGAGAACUUAUUGAAACCAGUUUCAUUCUAUAAAAAUAAAGCUAAAUAUUUGCAAUUAGCGUCAAAAGUGCUUGUACACAAAUACGACAGCGACAUUCCUGGUACUAUUAAAGAGCUCCAAGCUUUGCCCGGUGUUGGACCAAAGAUGGCACAUAUAUGCAUGGCAACGGCAUGGAAUGAAGUAACCGGUAUUGGAGUAGAUGUACAUGUACAUCGUAUUGCUAAUCGCCUUAAGUGGUUACCAAAACCGACUAAAGAACCUGAACAAACCCGUGUCGGACUUGAAGCAUGGCUUCCUCGAGAAAUGUGGCAAGACGUUAAUCAUUUGCUAGUCGGUUUUGGUCAAACCGUUUGUAAAGCUGUGCGGCCGCAUUGUUCGGAAUGCUUAAAUCGUGACAUUUGUCCAGCAUCAGUAUAUAAAAGCAUAAAUAAGACAAAAAUGAAAGCAGAACCCUUAAAUAUUGCCGCUAAAAUAUCAAAGUUGGAGAAUGUUUAAUUAACAGUGAUUUAUUGAAGUAAAAAUCGCCAUAGAAUAUAAACUAAGCCUAUGAUUUUUAAAAUGAUUUGUGGUAUGUAAAACUUACCCUUAGUUAAAGUAUUAUUGAAUCAUUUAUCAUUUGUUGUUGUUAUGAUCGUUUUUUCCAAGUACAUGUGCGUGUCAGAUGAAUAUAAAUUUAAAUUUUCAACAAAAAAAAAGUAAACGAUCAAAAUAAUAUUAACAUGUUUUUUAUAUUUUAGUAGACGUUAACAAGGCCAAACCAAUAAAAUUUCAAAUAAAAUGUUUACUUGUGUUUAUAAAUAGUAGCAUUAUGGAGCAUAUAUUUUUGUAAAUGCCAAACAAAUUUCGUAAAAUUAUCAUAUAACGUCCACUGCCAUCACCUUACUACUAGACAUGUUCCAAUUAAAAUUUAUUUCUGUUUAGUUUCUUGAUCAGUUACAUAACGCACAUAAAUAACAGGAUUUGGCACAUUGGCAGGUGGUUCCUCAAACUCAUCCAUAUAUGAACAGGCAAUAGCUAGUGUGCUACCGUCAUGACUGAAGUUGAGUGAUGAGAUUGAAGUGUCAUAUUGAUGGAAUUGGCAAAGUCGUUUUUUGUUAAAACCAUCCCA